AGUGAAACUUGUGUUAUCGCGAAUUAUCAUAAAGCUUGAUAACUUAUGACACUUGUUUACGCGCGUCCACGUGUAAUUUUAUUGGUUAAAAUAAAGGUGGAUUUUAUAUUAUACGUGUAAUGUUUAUUAUGAUAAUAUUUGAUUAUAAAAAUAAUCAGAGGAGAUCUUUGACACAGAUUAAUAGACUGUGCCAGAAGCUUGCGGAAUAACGAUCGUUUUGAAAAUAUUCGAUACUUUCCAGACUCUCUUUCACUUUCAAAUGACAGGAUAACACAGUGUUUGUAUCUACUUUGUCAUUCUACGAAAUACAUUAACAGAACAAUUAAUUUUUAUAUGAUUUAAAAUAAUUAUGAAAGAAUAAGAAAUAGAAUGGAUCUGCAUAAUCGUUAUUUACGUAUUUCGACACUGGACAUUUCGAUUUUACAAACCCCAACAAAUGACCGCAAAUGUACGAAUGGCACAUUCGUUUUACAUCAUCGUUUUGUACAGUUUUACAAUAAUGGGAUGACUGAAGAACAAUUGGAUAUAAAUAAACUUGAAAUCUGUCGAAUGCUGUUAUGUCACGAGUAUCAGUUUGCAUUUAAUGCCAUCGAAAAUCGCGAUAAUAAAAGAUAUCAAAUACCUGCGGAUGCGGAAAAUAUUUGUUUUUCUAGUAUAAGAGCAAUUUUUCCACCGCAUUAUCUGCGAAGUACCUCGGAAAGUUUAAUCUUAUAUGACAUAAUAGCUCUGCAAAUGAUACUUUAUUGUAGUACUGAGUCAAUCAAACAACAUUUGCAAAAUUUUCUCCAUUCGAGCGAUGCCUAUUUUACAAACAGCAAUAGUAGAAUUAUGUACAUGAAGUUACUGGAAUAUUUUUUAGAAUUUCUACAUUUGUAUGAAUUUCUUCGUAAUGAAAGCAAUAGCGGUAAAGAAGAAGAAUUAAAGGAACUUAAUUUUAUGUAUUUGGAUGUUGUCAAAUCAUGGAUAAAGAUAAAGGAAGAGGAUUCUGAAUGGAGAGUGUUUGCUUCGAUACUUCCUAUGUUGGUGAAAAUUUUUGCUCAUGAAUGUAUCUUAUUUCCACUGUGGGAUUAUAUUUUGGAUGAAAUAAGUGACUUGAAAGAAUCUCUCACUAUCCUAAGUAUUAUGGCAGAUACAUGUUUUACAUCAGCCAGUUCAAUAGAUCUCACUUAUAUACAUUGCGAUAUCUAUACCAAGAGCACAUUCUGGUUAAUAAUAUUAAAAGGAUUACAAUCACCUUUGCAACAAUAUCGCAAACAAGCUUUAUAUCUGAUGAGAAAGGCAAUCGAUUCUCUAAAUGAAAUUUUUUCACUUAAGUUUGUAAAUUCGAGAUUGAUAAAGGCCCAAAUUACUCCAUUUAUUUGUAAUAAAUCUAAUAAUGAAACUUCAUCGAUAGAAUGCGUUAAGCAGAAAUUUUUUUUGAUAUAUGAAGCAUUAGAAGAGAAACAAUAUCACUUAGUAGCAUCAGCUUUAACUCAUAUAACUAGUUUAAUAAACGCGAAUAAAGAACACAAAUCCUGCAAUAACUGUUUUGAUAUUAUAUGGUUGCAAUGUAUUUUUGAAAAAAUUUUGCUGCAUGAAAAUAAUAAUAUUGUAAAAUGGGGUGUAUCACAAAUUUGUAAGUUAAAUGGAACUAUGUUUAACGAACAAUUUCUAGAAUUAUUUGUUAAUGUUCUCAAUAAUACUUUUCUCUAUGAAUGUCAAUCUAAUGAAGAAUGUCCAGAAAUUGUGAAAGAACUCUCGAUAUUUUUUAGCACAGAGGAAAGUAAUUUACUUAAUAAUUUUCUGAAAAAAGUUAGCAAAGUAAUUUGGGGUCCUGUGCCAAUAUUUUAUAUAAUACACACAUUACGAACGGUUUCGCAUAAGAUACAAUGUAAUUGGCAAACCAAUGAAUUAAAUGCCGUUAAAUCUUUAGUGGAGACGAACCUGAAUAUGCAUUCUCAUAUAUUACGUAUUGCGUCUCAAAUUGAACUUUUAAGAGCAAUCCCCGAUUAUGUGCAUAAAAUAGACAAUCUGAUAUUACUCGCUAAUACUUUAGCUGCGUUUCCUUUUGAAGAAGGUCUUAAAAGAGAAAGUGCUCUCUGGAAUGUGAUUACAACAUGGUUGAGAAAAGUAUUAACGAAAGAAGACGCCAUAACUUUUGUGGAGAAUACUUGUUUGAAAUAUUCGCACAAAGAUAUCACUCCUGAAAUAAACCUCAAGACGUUUGCGUUGAUAACAUAUUUAUUAUAUGACGCGAAUUUUAUACUGAAGAAUAUAAUUUGUCGCGGCGAACAAGCAUUCAGCAGAUGGCUAUUUUGUUUAAAUUGUAUGAGGCCUUAUGCAGAUAUGGACUCAAGUAUCGAUGCGAUAGAAUUUAUAUCGCAUUUAUCAAAUCUCUCCAAAGAAACUUUCAACUACAUGGACUUGAUAUCAUUAUACGGACCCCUCGGUUUUGAGUUUCUAAUUAAAAAUGUGAGAAAGAUGGCCACAGAACUAACGUACGAAGAUUACACGAGAUAUAUAGUUAUAGUAUCUUUGCAUAUCGUUAACGCAAAAUUGGUCAUGUCACACUGUGCAAACGAUUAUGUGAAAAAGCUGCAAAACGAAAGCAUACGUUUAUUAAAAAAUACGCAACAUCAAAACGUGGGAUACUUGUUUGGAUUACAUCUUUUGCAUCUUACCCAGAAUAUUUUAAUUCUGCCGUUAACCACAACUUUUUAUACGAAACAUUUGUUAAACGUACAAGCGAUUCCAGUAAACGUUAAUAAUGACAAUACACCAGAUUUAAGAGGAAAAAUUGCAUCGGAAUAUUAUUUGCUUCUUUCGAAACUCAUGCAUCAAUAUCUUACGAAUUCUCCGAUACAUUCAUGGAUUUCCACUGCCGCAUUGCUGUCUAAUUUAUUAAAAUUUUUCGAGUUAGGGGGAAUCGAAAUUAUUUCUGAGAUAGCAACGAUAUUGACAAUAAUGAUUGAUAAUAAAGUAAUAAAUACUACAAAUGAUAGAGAAACUUUGGAAAAUAUUUUUAAAUCAUGCUGGAGAUGUAUCUUUGUCAGUAAAAAGAACAAUAUUUUUUGGACAGCAAUACAGAAUCUUACGGGAAUUAUCAUUAAUGAUAACUUUUUGAUUUUGCCUAAUGCAAUACAAUUUAUAACAGAAUUUGUAGAUCAAUUAGUGGAAGAAGGAGACAGUACGCCGAAAUUUAAGAGAAUACUACUUUUGAAAAUGAAAAAAUUGAACGAAUGUAAUUUGCUAAAAUUGGAAAGACCAUUAUUGAGUUGUCUUCUUCACGGUUCUGUACUUCGGCGUGAUAAAAGAAUCGAAAAUUAUACUCAUUUAUUUAUAAUCAAGCAUUUGGGCCAAUAUUAUCCAAAGCAUAUAUUGACAUUAGAUUAUAAUAACGAUGCUGCAAUUAGAGCAGAGGCGAUUGUACUGUUAUAUAAGAUAAUCAACCAUCUGGAAUUAAAUUAUGCAGCGAUAAUUAUGCCACUUAUACUCGAAAUAUUGGAAAAAUACAAAAACAAGAGACACUUUAACAACUCUUACAUACAUAAAUUAAAACACAGAUUAAUGCAAAUUUUGUUGAUUUUAGAACCAGUUCUGAGCGAAGAACUCGUUGUCCAGCUACAGGAAAAGUUAUGUGAUUUAAUUCUCCUAGAAAGCAAUCAGCACAGUGUGAGAUUAAUGCAAGAAUGGAUAAUGAUACGAAUUUUUAAGAAAAAUAUUAAUCUGCAUAAUAAGCUAUGGCAAUUUUUCUCAAAGGGUAUAAAAGAGCGACCAGGAUGUACAAUUUCUAUAGCCAGUAUUAUUUAUCAUGUUGCACAACUUCUAUCAAAUGAUGAUCAGAAAAAUUUUAUUCGCGCAGCUCUGCCAUACAUAGCACAAUGUUGUUUAGGUCAGCAAUUUAAUAUACGUCUUUAUAACCAGUUUAUUUUGACACAAUUAUAUGAGUUAAUGAAAAAAGCAAAUGAUGAUAGCAUAUCCGAAUACAAAGGCAUAUAUCAGGCAGCUGUAAUUAAUUUACAAGAUAGUAGUUUAACAAAAAAUUCGAUUAGCAUACAGGAUGAUUUCUACUUUUCGAGUUUUCAUCCAAUCAAUGAUUAUAGUUUGCAGACAAUUUACUAUGAAUUACCACGGUUGACUAAUAUUAAUUCUGAUGAAUGGAUCAGUCCAGAUAUAUUCAAAGCCUUAAUGUUUGAACAUAAUGAUUAUCAUCCUCUACAACUUUAUAACAUUGAUUCAUUUCUGUCUGAGACUAAAACUUCUAUAUAUCUCACAAAAUCUCUUGCAGAUGAUACAGAAUCAUUAGCAAAUAGUGUUGAAACCUAUUUAGAAGGUUUACACGAUAUUCAGAAAAAAAUGGAUCCAUCCAAAUCUACAAUUCCACUAUACAGUGAUAUUUUUGAAUCAAUGAAGGAAUCUAUGUAUCAACAAGAUUUACAAUCACAUAAAGAAGGUCUGAUAGUUGUAGCAUCUUUUAUCAAUCGGCCACCAAAUUUAGGUGGAAUUGCUAGGACAUGUGAAAUAUUUGGAGUCAAGGCAUUAGUUAUUGCAAAUUUGGAUUAUAUAAAAGAUAAGGAGUUUCAGUGCCUUAGUGUAUCUGCAGAAAGAUGGAUAAAUAUACUACAGGUGAAACCACACGAAUUACAAAAGUAUUUGUUUGAGAAAAAGAACGCAGGAUGGUCUCUAAUCGGUGCUGAACAAACAGCCAAUAGCAUAAAUCUUCUACAAACAAAAUUCGAGAAAAAAACUAUUCUCGUUUUAGGAAAUGAGAAGGAUGGUAUACCUGCCAAUUUCAUACCUCUCUUUGACACAUGUGUAGAAAUACCUCAAGUAGGCGUGAUACGAUCGUUAAAUGUUCAUGUUACUGCUGCAAUUUGCAUAUGGCAGUAUGCGAGCCAACACACAUUAAGACAAUUUUCUCAAGUUUGAAGGUACGAGAUAAUAAUACAA